ACAUGAUAAAAAGGGAAAACAGUAUAAAUAUUGAUUUAUUGAAGUCUAGGAUUAUCAUUCGAACAUUUAGGUAUCAACAAGAUGAGGACUUCACGUAUUUGUUUAAUCGUAUUACUAUCGACAUUGGUAGUUCAGAUUUCAUCUGAAACUACUGAACUAGAUAAAUUAUUCAACAAGAUUACAUCAUCUACGUUUGAAGUUGUAGCAGUACCUUACAAACAUAUAGCAAAUCAAAUAGCAGCGAAAACAGAAAUAGAUAAAUUCUUGAAAGAAUUUACGUAUGAAGUAAAGCGAACUAUGGAACAAACCCAAGACGGUUUGUUUAAUUUGUUGCCAAAAGAAGAAAGACAACAAAAGAAAAAACUUCUUGGAUACUUGUCGAUGUAUGCGUCGGAAGCAUUUUCGAAGGCAGCAAAAGUGGCAUCCACCGUAACGAACAAAUCGUUCGAUACGUUACCGGAUGAUAUUAAAAACAAAUUACUUGCUUUCGGAAACGAUAUUAAUGAUUCUUUGAGGAAAGUAAAGGUUACCAUUGAUGAUGAAUCAAAAACACCACAAAAAAACCACGAAGAAUGAUUAAUAUUUAAUACUCAAUCAAAAAUAAUUGAAUAUUUAUAGUUGAUUCAAUAAAAAAAAAUUCAAUGUUAAUUUUUAAAUUAUAUUGUAAGUAAUAAUGAAUGAACUACAUCCAUUAUUAUUACCUAUAUUAUAAGAAACAAGACAAUUAUUGUAUUUACAGAUAUGUAUUUAAAUUAAUAAUUAUAGACUAAUAAUAUAUUAUUACCUAUAUUUUUUAUGAAGCAUUAAUAAAUAACAUAGUUUAUUAUAAUUAAUAAUACACCUACAAUCUAAUUGAAACACUAACAAUUAAUGUUAUUAAAUAUCGAUUAAAACACUUAAUAGUAAUAAACAUAUUAAUGGUGUGGUUACUUAAAACGUACAUUACACUAUAUACUUUAUGUCUUUUUAAAUGUGAUAUAAAUUAUAAGUAUAAUUUGUUUUGUUUAUGUAAUUAUAUAAAUUUGCACAAUAAUAAUAUGUUCUAUGCAAUGAAUAAUACUGUUUUAUGAUUGUUAGUAUAUUUUAUUAGAACAAUAUAAUUCACGAACUUUGUUAUA